UCAAUUUCAGCAGCGUGCAUAUUCGCAUCGCACCAAGUCCUCUUCCUCCUCUUUCUCUCCUCGCCCCCGCACGACCUCCCCACCCCGAGAAGGCCGAGAUCUCUCUCCCGCUGCGGCGCGGCCAUGGCGGGGAGGGGCUACCAGGGCGGCGGCGGCGGCGUCACCGCCACCAUGGCGGUGGUCAGCACGCCCAGCCAGGAGCUGGCCCUCACCAACUGCGCAUACGUCUCCACCGCCGACAUCCGCCGCUUCCCCAACGCCCUCGCCCUCGUCGGCGACGUCCUCGUCUUCGCCCUACGUGCCCACGAUGCUGUUGCUGGGGGAAGCAUCGCCUUGAACGCCAUUCAGCGCCGGCAGGCGAAGGUUUCGGCUGGGGAUUCCAUCACUGUUAGCAGUUUUGCUCCUCCUGAUGGUUUCAAGCUGGCAUUGCUCACGUUAGAGCUAGAGUAUACCAAGGCAAGAUCCAACCGAGCUGAGGAUCUGGAUGCUGUCUUGCUUGCCCAACAACUCCGCAAGAGAUUUAUGGAUCAGGUCAUGACGACUGGGCAACGAGUGCCAUUCGAGUUUUAUGGAACAAACUACAUAUUCACUGUCAAUCAAGCUUUGCUAGAAGGUCAAGAGAGUUCCACGCCGUUGGACAGAGGAUUCCUUUCAAGUGAUACAUACAUCAUAUUUGAGGCUGGUCCUAAUUCAGGAAUUAAGGUCAUCAAUCAAAAAGAAGCAGCUAGCAGCAAGCUUUUCAAACAUAAAGAGUUUAACUUGGAAAAACUAGGAAUAGGUGGGUUAAGUAAUGAAUUCACAGACAUUUUCCGUAGGGCAUUUGCUUCAAGAGUGUUUCCUCCUCAUGUUGUUAACAAAUUGGGCAUCAAACACGUAAAGGGUAUGUUGCUGUAUGGGCCUCCUGGUACUGGCAAGACCCUCAUGGCCCGUCAGAUUGGAAAACUGUUGAACGGAAAAGAUCCCAAGAUUGUGAAUGGACCCGAAGUGUUGAGCAAAUUUGUUGGAGAAACGGAGAAGAAUGUAAGAGAUUUGUUUCUUGAUGCUGAAAAUGAACAGAAGGCACAAGGUGAUCAUAGUGACCUCCACGUUAUCAUUUUUGAUGAAAUUGAUGCUAUCUGCAAGUCUAGAGGAUCCAGCAGAGAUGGUACAGGGGUACAUGAUAGCAUUGUAAAUCAGCUUCUCACAAAGAUAGAUGGUGUUGAGGCUUUGAAUAACGUGCUGCUUAUUGGAAUGACCAAUCGUAAGGAUUUGCUUGACGAAGCUUUAUUGAGACCGGGACGACUGGAAGUUCAUAUUGAGAUAAACCUGCCAGAUGAGAAUGGCCGUUUGCAAAUUCUUCAAAUUCAUACAAGCAAGAUGAAAGAGAGCUCUUUCCUUUCUCCAGAUGUUAAUCUUCAAGAGCUAGCUGCAAGGACAAAGAACUACAGUGGAGCAGAGUUGGAAGGUGUUGUUAAAAGUGCAGUUUCAUUUGCUUUGAACCGGCAGAUAAGCAUGGAUGACCUCACUAAACCUUUGGAUGAGGAAAGUAUUAAGGUUACUAUGGAUGAUUUUGUGAAUGGACUUCAUGAAAUUACUCCCGCAUUUGGUGCUUCGACUGAUGACCUUGAAAGAUGCAGAUUACGUGGUAUUGUUGACUGUGGCAAGGCACAUAAGCACAUUUUUCAGAGAGCUAUGCUUCUUGUGGAGCAAGUUAAAGUUAGCAAAGGUAGCCCACUUGUGACCUGUCUCUUGGAAGGUCCUGCUGGAAGUGGCAAAUCGGCUUUGUCAGCCACUGUUGGCAUUGACAGUGAUUUUGCGUAUGUCAAGAUUAUAUCGGCAGAGACAAUGAUUGGUUUCAGUGAAAGCAGCAAGUGUGCACAGAUUUGCAAGGUUUUUGAGGAUGCUUACAAAUCUCAGUUAAGCAUCAUAAUUCUUGAUGACAUUGAAAGGUUACUGGAGUAUGUUGCCAUCGGACCACGUUUUUCAAAUUUGAUCUCACAAACUCUUAUGGUCCUCCUCAAAAGGGUUCCUCCUAAGGGCAAGAACUUGCUUGUUAUCGGAACAACAAGCGAGGUGGGAUUUCUAGAAUCCGUUGGUAUGUGUGAUGUGUUCUCGGUGACCUACCAUGUCCCCAAACUCAAGAAGGAGGAUGCCGCAAAGGUGUUACGACAUCUCAAUGUGUUCGAGGAAGGAGACAUUGAAUCAGCAGCAGAAGCGCUGGAUGAUAUGCCGAUCAAGAAGCUGUACAUGCUUGUUGAAAUGGCUGCACAGGGGCCAUCAGGGGGAAGCGCGGAGGCCGUUUAUUCCGGGGAGGAGAAGAUAGACCUCAACCAUUUCUUUAGCAUCUUGAGCGACAUCAUCCGCUACUGAUGGACACAUACGUCUGAGAAGGACCCUGCCUCCACUAUAGGAAUUUGCUUAAUCCAUUUCCCCCAGCUUGCUAUUUUCACAGGGUAGAGGAGAGUGGUUUGGUUUAACCGUGAGUAGCCUCUUUCGUUGUCACAUUUCAGCGGGAGUUGUCUUUUUGCUAUGCUUCUGUUGAUCUAAACAAUCUGUAUGCUGA